AUGCAUCCGUACCUCCUCCUCGCCAUCUACUGCUGCCACAUCUACCUGAUCCUAGAUCUCGGUCUCGCCUCCAUUGCCAAGAUCGCCACCGGUCUCCUUGGCCUCGAGCUGGAGCCCCAGUUCAACAACCCCUUAGGCGCCUCCUCCCUUCAGGACUUUUGGGGCCGCCGCUGGAACCUCAUGGUCUCUUCCAUCCUCCGCCCCUCCGUCUACGACCCCGUCCAAGCCCGCUGGGGGCUCGACGCCGGCAUCCUCGCCACCUUCUUCGUCUCCGGCCUCAUGCACGAGCUCAUGUUCUACUACCUCACCUUGGCACUUCCCACCGGGGAGGUUACCGCGUUCUUCGUCCUCCACGGGCUGCUCAUGGUGGCGGAGAGGAAGGCCCGGAAGGCCGGCUGGUGGCGGCCGCACCCCGUCGUGGCGACGCCGCUUGCACUCGGGUUGAUCGUCGGCACCGGGUACUGGCUUUUCUUCCCGCCCCUCCUGAGAGGUGGGGCCGACGCGGUGGGGCUGGCGAAGUUUUCUGCUGUGAUGGAAGUUUUCCAAACCCCCUCACUGCCUCCUAGUAUCUCCAAGUUUGGGAUCUCCGACUAUUCGAGCCUAUGGCAGAGAAGGUGCUUGAUCUUACUCUCUCUUAAACCUCCUUCUCAUUAG